GAGUGGUCGGGUGGGAUCUUUUGUUAUUCUUUUUCUUCUUCUAUUUUUUGUUUGUCCGGAUGCGGCCGCGCGAGCCACGAUGGAUUUCGUAGAAACGAAACCCGUUAUCGCCAACAUUUCAGAGCAAAAACUACAACCCGUAGAGAUCGAGAUUCUUCCCGGGGUCUACGACAUCAUCCGGAGCAUCGAAAAGGAUCCGAUCGAUAACACCGCCAAACAGAAGGAAAGUGCCGAGUGCAGCCAGAAGGUGUUGGAGUUGCAGCGAACUCUAGAGGCGGCCCGGAACACGAUCCGCAAGCUGCACGGCAUCGAGUACAGCAAGGAAGAGCAACUGCGGAGGCUCGACAGCCUCCGGAAGCAGUUGGCACUGAAACAGCAGCUUAUCAAGAAGUAUAAGAACGUCCAGUUCUAG